AUGGGAAGAAUUCGUAGAUCAAGAACUCAUAAAAAUAUACGAGAUCAUUAUAGAAAAUACAGAACAAGAAAUUAUACAAAAGAUUUAGAUCAAAUUCAUGAAGAUUUAAAAAAGCUAACCGAUGAAAAAAUGAUGAGAAUUGAAGAAAAAAUAGAGAGUGGAAGUGGUGGAAGUGGAAAAGGAGAAAUAAUAAAUCAGGAAAAUAAUUUUUUAUUAAGUAUUAAAAUAAACGAAAUAAAUAAUAACAGCAAUAAUAGUGUGGAUGAUACAAAUAUUGAGGAUUUAGAAUUACCAGGAUCAGGAAAAUUUUAUUGUAUUCAUUGCGCUCGUCAUUUCAUUGAUUCUCAUGCAUUAAAUGAACACUAUCGUGGAAAACUUCAUAAAAGACGUAUAAAGCUUCUUAAAGAAACACCUUAUUCUCAAAAAGAAGCUGAGGCUGCUGUGGGAUAUUCCACUGAAAACUCUAGAAAUAAAUCUUUAUUGAAUGAUAUUAUCAUCACUUAA